GAGUCGCGCACUCUCGCUCGGCUGAGACUGAGAGAGCCGAAGGCAGAGGCAUCCAAGACGGUGGCGGAAAAUGGCGUGCGGUCUCCUGCCGCUGCUCCACACCCACCUCUCCCCUCCGCCUCGUUUCCUCCUGCCCUCCCUCGUCGCGCCCAGGACCCUGCCCCUGGCCCCUCGCCGGACCGGUGUUUCGCGGCACCUGUCCCCCGCCCCUCCGCGCUCGCUCCCGGACAUUGCCGCGGCGGCGGCGAGCCUCCGGGACGCGGUCGCCGGCGCCUUCCAGGCGUCUCCGCCCACGUGGAGCUCGGCUGCCGCGACCAACCUCACCGUCUUCGUCGCGGGCUCGCCGCUGCUCCUCUCCGGCCUCUCCGCCUCCGGCUUCGCGGCCGCCUACGUCCUCGGCACCCUCACGUGGCGCGCAUUUGGGCCCCGGGGCUACCUCCUUGUCGCCGCCUACUUCGUCGUGGGCACAGCAGUCACCAAGUUAAAGAUAAAACAAAAAGAAGCUUUCGGGGUGGCCGAGAAAAAAGGAGGAAGGAGAGGGCCUGGUAGUGUUAUUGGUUCUAGUGCUGCUGGUUGUGUCUGUGCUCUCCUAUCAGUAUAUAAUGUGGGUGGUGGAGCAUUAGGGGAACUCUGGACACUUGGAUUUGUUGCUAGUUUCUGUACUAAACUCAGUGAUACGGUUUCCAGUGAAAUAGGGAAGGCAUAUGGAAGAACAACGUACCUAGUGACAACAUUUAAGGUUGUUCCAAGAGGUACAGAAGGUGCAGUCAGUGUUGAGGGCACUCUUGCUGGAAUUGUAGCAUCAAUGUUUCUUGCAGGGAUUGGUUAUAUUCUGGAGCAGGUAAAUCUACCACAAGGUGUGGUAUGUGUUCUUGCAUCCCAGAUUGCAAAUUUUGGCGAGAGUUUGAUUGGCGCAACACUGCAGGAUAAGGAAGGUUUUGAAUGGCUGAACAAUGAUGUUGUCAACGUGCUCAAUAUCUCCGCCGGCGCCGUUUUGUCUGCUCUAAUGCAGCAGUUACUCGUGAGCUGGCGCUCAUGAUCCUUCUUUCCUGACUUCUCUGCAGUGCAUCCGCUCUCACAGUCUCUUAGGAUGAGUGUGGUCUGGGUGAGUUGAUGCAAGUAUGAGUCAAGAUGUGUGUUUGGUUGAUUGUACGAAUAUGGUGCAUGAGACAUGCUGUAUAAGACAGACGUUGAUUGGUAGGCUGCAUCAAUACUUGUUUUCUUUGUCUA